AUGGAAAACCGAACAGCAAGACCGACGCCUUCGAUUUCGAUCUCGGGCCGCGCCGGACCUCUGAAUGGCAAGAAGGACCCGACGGCGUCUUCUUAUUCAUCGGCGGCGUACACCCAACAGAAGCCGAGCUCGGCACCGUCGUGGGGCCACCAGCCCAACACGCCGGCAUGGACCCACCAGCCGGCGGUCCCGAUCCAGUCACCCGGGCUGGGAUCUUUAUCCGGCCCGACCUCCAUGGUGGGGGAUGAUUUCGGGAAGAGCUGGAAUUCACCAGCACCGUCGAGCUCCUGCGUGUCGGGUAUUGGGAUUGUGAACAAUAAGAACCCUAAUUUGUUUGGAGAUCUGCUUGGCGCGGCAAUUGGGCAGAAUAAGAGUAGCAACUAUGCGUCGCUGAAAAGCUCGGCCAAUUCCAAACCCUCUGUUGGCAUGAGUUCAGCUAGUAAAGCUAGCACAAGUGAUGCUUUUGGGGAUUUUCAAAAUGCUAUAAAGUGGUUUUCGUGGGCUGUUAUUCUGCUCGAGAAGGCUAGUGAUGAUGAAGGGACUAUGGAAGUCUUGACCAGUCGAGCAUCGUGCUAUAAGGAAGUUGGGGAGUAUAAGAAGGCCGUUGCUGACUGUACCAAGUACAAUGCUCUCCUUUAUGAAAGCAUGGAAAAGUACAAGCUUGGAGCUGAAGAUCUCAGAACUGUUAUGAAUAUCGACCCGGUAAUAGAGUUGCACGGAGCACCAUUCAUCGCCUGA